AUUUUAAAAUUAUUUUAGUGACGAACUUUUCGCUCCUCAAAAUAUAAUAUACUGGUUCAAGGUCCGAAAUUGUAAAUAUUUAGUCCGCAAAAGGGGGCAUAUUUCAUUUCGCUUUGCAGUAGAUCUUGAAAAAUGACCAAGGCUUCGUCACUAAUUUUCUCUAUAUAAGUCGUUCACGGUGUCUUGACCACAGGGCCACGUCACGCGCCGCAACACCGAAAAGUAUCGGCUAACACGGGUUUUAUUGGGCAUAAACAAUCAUUAACAUAACCGAUAUUUUGCGAUCAAUCAUUGCAAGAAUGAACAGCGCAUUCGUUGCAGGAUAGAGGGCUUUUUGGUGGUCAACGUUGCAAAAAAGCAUCUCCAAAAACGGUCAUGAUGAAAUUUCUGAUUCCCGGAUUUUCUUCGGAUUAGUCCGGAAAGUAGCAGACUUUUCCAGUGCCAAAUUAGAUGCAUCAGUGUUGAAAUUCCGUAGUUUAGAAUUUAAAUUAUUUCUUUUUUUCCAUGUGGAAGUAUUUUUCUUUUACAACAAAUGGCCAGUGAUUGUGGAGUCGUCAUUCCUUGUUCCAAAAAUUCCCGUGUUAAAAUUCUUGUUUAUUUAGCAUUUUUCGUGUUAACGAUUCUUUGUAUGACAAAAACUGUACAAGGAAAUCAUGUUCCGCAGCCAGUUCCGGGAACCAAUGCAAACAGAGGACGAAUUAUUAGACCGGAUGCUCUCUCAGCAUCCCAGCGCAGGCGUGGUUCGCAGCAACAGCAGCAGACAGUGUCACGUGGUACAAAUUCAAAUUCAAACAUUAGAAAUGGCAGGAGGUUUUCGAUGCAAAAUGCAAGAGCUUCCACUCAAAAAAGGAACCCCACUUCCCGUCGAACUGAACGACUGAGUACAACUAAUUCAAGAUCCAGAGGGGUAGGCAAUUCCAGGUUACCUUCCCGACAGGGCAGACGAAGGCUUAAUGUCCGGAGAAUUAGCAACCAAGUUUCCAGUAGAGGGCGUCUACAAUCUGGAAGUGACCCAAAUGGACGGGUACAACCUAUGCCGAACGCUGAUGCGAAUCGACAACUCAACGACCGAGGAAAUACUGAUUUGUUUCCAUCCUCAAUAAAUCAAUUUAUUAACAGACUUCGAGAGAGAAUUCCAAACAUAGGACUCGGGCUCGGUGUUCACAUCCAAGACCCGGAAGGUACAUCGAGGUCCGGAAGUGCAAAUUCUGGAUCAGCUUCAGGGAUGGGCUCAGUUAGGAAUGUAAUUGGCUCGUUGGGUGGCUUAUUUAACAGAGGACGUAAUUCUGCACCAUCUAUUCCAACCUCACAAUCCUCGUCCCAUUCUCGCUCAUCAAGUGGAGGAGACUUUUCUUUGGGUUCAAAUGUCAGAGGUCAAGUUUCAAUCACUGACCCGCCUGUCAAUGUUCCUUGGCAACGGCCAUCACCCCCAUCAAGUUCUCAACAAUCGCAAAUUCUCGUAUCAAAUCAGUCACCUGUACAAGGAUCAGCAGUCCCAGUCGUUCAAGACAAUCGUCGUCUGUUAAAUUCUGGCUUCAUACACGGACAACCAGUUAACAUUCAAGGUCAGGGAUCGCCACCAUUAUCCCUGAACACUAAUUUACAACAACAACAUUCCCCAAAUGUUGUCAACCCUAUUUCUCAGCCCGUUAUGCAACAACAGAAUAAUGUUCAACAACCUACCUUUGGAUUCCCGCAACGGCCGAUAGUUAAUCAACAACAAAUACCACCAACAUUUUCACUUUCUCUUCAACAGCAGCAGCGACAACUCCAACACCAACAAAUAACGAGAAAUCAAAAUACAUUUAAUCUCCAAGGGCAAGUACAACCUCAACAAGUAGCCAGUAUAAUGCAGCCCGUGCAGCAACCUCUGAUGCAAUCUUUGCCACAACAAUCAAGACCUGUAUCUUUAUUCGGGCAGGCACCGCAAACCAUUCAAAACGUCCAGCAACAACCAUUCCAACUUAGAGGCAGACAAAAUGUUUUCAUGCAGCAGCAAUCACAACCAACGUCAGGCUCUGGAUUUCAACAAAUGCAAAUGCCAAUUCUCCAAAAUCAACAAAGCAUUGGAGUUGGAAUGCCAGUUUUACCUACCCCUGCGCCAAUUAUGUCACAGGCAAUACAAACAAACGGUCAAACCAUUAUUAAUGGUGCUGGAAAUAUAUUCCAAGCACCGGCAGUACAAACGUCUUUCAAUGCUCAGCCCUCUCUAACACCAAUGUUAACAGGUCAACAAAAUGUUGGUGUUCAAGGUCAAUUUGUUAAUGUUCAGGGACAGAUACUUCAAUUACAGCCUGCAAGUCAAAAUACGUAUCAAAUUGUUAAUGGCCAGUUAGUUCCCGUUCAGCAAACUUUUCAGCUUGUUCCAACUGGUCAGACAAUGGCUCCACGACAGCAACCUGCACAAAUGCCCAUCCAACCUGGAUCUAUACAGAUGGCGGCCUUUGAAACAAAUACAGCAAGUGGCGUCAGAAAGACUCAAAAUCUUCAAGCCCCCACUAAAGUUCCAUUCUCUUUCGGACUCUUUUCAAGCUCAAGCAGUAAAAACGCAAAAAUAUCAAACUUAACGUCUCAAGCCAAACAAUUAGUGGAACAAAAUGCUCAGAUUGAGCUACAAAAUCAACUUCUGCAACAAAUGUUGAUAGAGCAAGUGUUGAAUGGUCAGGGACUUAACUCGACGGGAUUUUCACCAAAAUCUUCCAACUCUUCUACAUCUUCAGCUGCCAACACUGUAUCCAACAAAGCGAAAGUGCAGCCUGCUGCUGUGGCUUUUAAUUGGCGUGAAGGAACUGCUGUCACUCCUUCGAACUCAGGAAUAAGACGCGUCAUGCAUGGACAGGAAAAUCCAGGUGGUGUUAAGGUCAUCAGUCUUAGAGCAGCGAACACAAUUAGUCCAUUUAACAGAACUAAAGGAGGGAUCACCUUAGCGCCGCCUAUGAGUCAUGGCAUAAAAUCACCGACUGUAAAUGCAGCAAAACCGACUUUUGAUCCAGAAGUUCUUCCUCAAUAUCGAAAUUCCACAAACGACACUUUGCGAAGCAUGGAUCGUACCGACAGGCUUAAUACUACGGAUAUUCCUGAAGAGAUUGAAGUAAAUGGAAUGUCCCUGGAUAGUCCGGCGGAUCGAAACGGAGUGGGUACUCCUCAUCCACUUGAUAGUUAUGUCCAUGGCGUUCAUGGCCAUAACAAUAUGGGAACUCGUCCUGUAACUCCCGCAACUGUCUACGGAACCCGAAAGAGUGAAAAAUUAAGUAAACUUGGCCGAUCAGACCGAGUAAAUACAACGGAUGUGCCAGAAGAAAUAGAAGUGAAUGGACAGUCUUUGGAUAGUCCAGCGGAUCGAAACGGUAUGAAUAUAUACCACCCGAUGGAUUAUCUUGUACAUGGAGUUACACCUGGUCCUAAUCAAAGAGUUCAUGCAAUUCACCAGAAUGCCCAUAUGGGACAACCAGCUCCACCCGAGGAGCCGGAAGAGAGAAUAUACUCAGCAUCUGACCCUGGUUAUAUUGAUACCACGAUUGGUUUUGGUACCAAUGUAAUGGACUUGAAGCAUUUCCGCGAUCCAACGUUAUUUGAAGCUGUUUCGCACCAAGCAUACGAGUUAAUGAACCUUCUACAAUUUUCACUUUCACGAAUUCCAUCAAAAGUUCUACAUGGAGUCCAAUACUGGAUGCCUAAUAUUCCUUAUAAUGUGUUCCGUUCCAUUAAAAACUCUGCACCUUCGUUCUAUCAAGGUUUUAAGGAAACUGUUGGUAGUAUACCUACUUCAGUUGUACGUGGUAUUUUAAAUCUCGUUGAUAUCAUCAGGUUUUCGUCCGCCAAAACAAAUAAACCUGUGAAAAACGUUGCAGCGAAAAUUGCCCAAGUUUUACAUGAUUCUUUUACGUCACCGAAGCCUCCAACUACCCCGAAUCUCUAUGAUUUCCGAAUUUUUGAUAUGAUUCAGCUGACCACUACCCAAGCGCUACCGGCAACUACAGACUCUCCAGUGCGGCAUUCUGCAAAAACAUUAGCAAAGCUCAUGAAUUUGGUAAAGCUUCUUAUUCACGAACCAUCCACCACUACAACAACGACUAACGCCCCACCUUCUACAAUGGCUACAGAAGCUUUGAACGUUAUCAAAACCAAUGGUACACAAACCGUGAAGCAAAAUACGACCUCUGAUAAGAGCAAGAUAAAUACGCAAGUGUCCAUAAAAGCUGUUUCCGGACAAGUAGCAAAGAGCAGUAGUGUGUCAGUGUCUGUGGAAAAAGUAACACCAAAGCCGAAAUUAUCACCAAUAACGAAAAACAUUAUAAGGCGAUUACCCCCUACUCCAGCUCCAAGGAGACAGAAUGAUGCUAAACUAGGUAGACAAAGGCAGCAGCAGAGACCAAAGACAAAGGAAAAACAACAAAGAGUUGAGAAACAAUUACAAAAUCAGCCACGUUCUCCGAAACCUAUACAGAACAGUCCUGAAAAAGCCAGGAGUUAUCCUACGAUACAGCGCCAAAAUAGAAUAGAAAACAAUAGACAGGUGCAGAUAAACUUCUCAAGGCAAAGUCCACCAAAACAAGCACCUCAGCACCAGAAAAAGGUAAAACAAUCUUCCACGAUAACAACACAUGGUGUAUUCGAAAUACAGAACAAAGUACCUUCAUCAUCCAAGAAAUCAAAAUUAGAUUUGAUGGGAGUCCAUGUGAAAUCAUCGAAACCUAAAAUAACCACAGAUUUGCCAACGCAAUUACCUCCUAAGACAAUCCCACCUGUUCAUUCCCUGCCUACCCAAGUUCCUCCGGAUGUCUACCCCAUUGAUAGUAACAAAGGGUUCCGACACGAAAGGAUAGCAACGCCUCCGGUAUAUCAUCACCAGCCUAUUCCAACUCAGCCUUAUAUGAACAGAAGGCCACAACCUUCACAACGGCAAUAUCCAACCAUGCCUCGCUAUCAACAGCCGAUCACAACCACUCCACCGAAUGUAAUGUCAUCAGCACCGCCUUCUUUUUAUAACCACUAUGAACAACCACAACAACAACAUCAGCAGCAAAUAUAUCAACAACCGCAGCAACACCAACAACAAAUGUAUCAACAGCCGCAGCAACAGCCAAAUUCCCCUGAUUAUCUAAACAACUUUUUUGGAGAUGGCCCCACACAGCCUUCGCCAACCGAAGCGUUUGGUAAUGCUUUUGGAUACAAUGCGCAGUCGCAGAACUUUGUGCGCGAACCAAUCGAAAAUACGAUACAAUAUAAGGAAUUUAGCAAUGCAAAUAGAAAAGGCUUUCGUAUCUCAGAAGUGUUUGGAAGGAAAAAGUGA